UCCGGUUCCUCGUGCUGAAGCAGAAACACGCGGAUCGAGGACACAUCGAGACCAGAACCUGAGGAUCAUGGACAUGAAGAAGAGGGUCUCCCUGGAGCUGCGACACCGGUCCCCCACCGAGGUGCAGGAGCUGGUUCUGGACAACUGUCGCUCCAGCGAAGGGAAGAUCGAGGGCAUCACGGAGGAGUUCUCCAACCUGGAGCUGCUGAGCCUCAUCAACGUGGGCCUGACCAGCGCCGCCGACCUGCCCAAGCUGGACAAGCUGAAGAAGCUGGAGCUCAGUGACAACCGGAUAUCCGGCGGCCUGGAGGUCCUGGCCGAGCGGCUGGUGAAUCUAACGCACCUCAACCUCAGCGGGAACAAGUUCAAAGAUAUCAGCACCCUGGAGCCCCUGAAAAAGCUGCCCCAGCUGAAGAGUCUGGAUCUGUUUAACUGUGAAGUGACGAACUUGGCCGACUACCGAGAGUCCAUCUUCAAGCUCCUCCCCCAGCUCACCUACCUGGACGGCUACGACAUCGACGACUGCGAAGCGUCGGACUCGGACGGCGAGGGCGACGGCCUCGAGGACGAAGAAGAGGGAGACUCGGAGGACUUUGAGGAAGAGGAGGAGGACGAUGAAGAGGACGUUGUGGCGGUUGAAGAAGAUGAUGACGACGACAGCGCUGACGAAGAGGAAGGGGAAGUGAACGGAGACGUGGACAGUGAGGACGAUGACGAGGAUGAAGACGACGAGGAUGACGAUGACGAGGACUCGUCUCCGGCCAAAGGAGAGAAGAGGAAAAGGGAUCCAGAGGAAGAUGAGGACGACGACGACGAAGAUGAAGAUUAAAGAUCCAAAGACUCUGCAAACCCGCUGACCUCUUGCCCCCCCCACCCCACCCCCCCCUGGGCUGCGUCCCCUUUCUGACACUGGUCUCCUCCUCUGGGCUCUCGUCAUCUCGCAGAUCGAAACAACCUCCGAUAACUGGACAUGAAUCAGGGUUUUGUCCUGGUCCCAGUUUUUUAGUCCUCAUCCACAGUUUGACUCUUUAAUGCGUAAUAAAAUACAAUUAAUCAACUAAUUUCACCGUUAAUCUGAUCUCAAGUUCUGAUCGUAACCCGCAAGAACUUUCUCUUAGGAUUUUUACUUCCUGGCGUCUUUUCACAUUUAUCUAAAGUUUUUUAUGAAUUACGGGUUCACCUGCAGGUUAUUUGUCACCAUUACUCGUUUAAAAUGUCUGGUUAUUUAAACGUCUUGUAGAAGCUGAAUCGGAUAUUUUAUCGUUUUUCUGCCUUUUUGUUUGACAAAUAAAGUGAUUAUCACAAUUGCUGCAGAUUAAUACUCUGAUCAAGUAAUUGAUUGAGUCCAGGAGAGCGUUUCCUCUGUGGAGAAUUUAUUUUACAACACUUGGCUGAACACGGUUAAAUCUGAAGUUUUUGCAGGAAACGUUUUCACGGAAUCGAGUUUCGUCUUUUUCUCAGAAUGAAAAACGAAACGGAGCCGAGAGCUUUAUCAGCAGGAAACCUCAGGACGUGAUGUCACCAGGAGAAGUCACUUUUGGCUCCGCCUUUAUUUUUCCAGAUCACGAACCACCUCGGUCACAUUUCCUAAAUACGCCAUUUUCUGCGACGUUCGUUAGCCGGUUAGCGAUGUUCUCUCGCUGUCGUCAUGACAACGAGAAGUGACUCGUCCGGGUUGUUUCUGUGGAAGCGGAUGGAGCAAGGGCUCAUGGGAGGUAACGGCACAACAACCUCCCUUCUUUCUCGUCCUCUCACCUUCCAUCCGUCCCUCUCUGACAUCACGCUUGGUUCUGUGAUGUCACUGAUGGACACGCCCCCACCCCCGCUCUCUUCCCCCGAGGCCGAGCGCGCUCAGGGCAAACUGUUCUCUCUCUCUCUCUCUUUGCCAACAGAGCUUUUUAAAAGAAAUAUUUUUUCAGAGAAAUUGUUUUUGUUUGAUUUUGUACGGUUGUCUGGGGACUCUCUCUCUCUCUCUUCAUCUCUCUCUCCCUCUCUGCCUCUUUUCUUUUCUCUCCAGGAGAGAUCCAGUCGUUCCUUCAUACUUACACUGACUAGUUGAAUUUGUGUUUUUUUUUUACUUUCUGUAAGUUAAAGGAAAAAACUAAUAAAAAAACAAAAAGGACUUUGUAAAUAAAAUCUUAACAUUU